AUGAAUUUAAGUUUUCCCAUUUUAGUACACAACCCUCAUGCAUGGAGACUUAAGCCACACUCACUUGCUCCUUCGAUUCACUGCCGUUGUUUUAUUCGCAAUCGUCUAAAUCAUCUCUUUCCGGCCACCGGCAACACCGUUCAAGGUUUUUCAUCAUCAAUUCAAUUUACCAAUCCACUUUAUAAAGGUUCAAAUUGCUUUUCCAUCACUUUUCAACCUUUGCCCUUUAGCCCCAACUUACUACCUGAAUUCCAACCACUUCUCUGUGGUGCUGGUGGCGGCAACCAUGGCAGCGAUGGGGGAGGAAAUGAUGGCAGUCAUGGUGGAGGUGGAGGUGGAGAUGGAAAAUCCGAUGAUUCACCUCAAUCUGAUAGUUUUGGACCAAUUGGGGCUUUUCUUAGCGGAUGGAGAUCAAGAGUUGCUGCUGAUCCCCAGUUUCCAUUCAAGAUCUUAAUGGAAGAACUGGUGGGCGUGAGUGCAGCUGUUCUUGGUGACAUGGCAACCCGUCCAAAUUUUGGGCUCAAUGAACUCGAUUUUGUGUUUUCCACACUUGUAGUAGGUUCAAUUCUUAAUUUCACCCUUAUGUAUCUAUUAGCACCCACUAUGUCUUCUUCAUCAAUUUCCCUUCCUUUCAUAUUCGCCAAUUCCCCUACAAGCCACAUGUUUGAGCCUGGUUCAUAUACUCUCAUGAACCGUUUAGGAACCCUAGUUUACAAAGGAACUCUAUUUGCAGCCGUUGGAUUAGCUGCAGGGUUAGCAGGAACUGCUCUAUCCAAUGGCUUGAUCAAGAUGAGGAAGAAGAUGGAUCCAAACUUUGAAUCACCAAACAAACCUCCACCCAUGUUUUUAAAUUCCAUAACUUGGGCAAUGCAUAUGGGUGUAAGCAGUAAUCUGAGGUACCAAACUUUGAAUGGGAUUGAGUUCUUGUUGCAAAAAGGGCUCCCAACUGUUUUCUUCAAGACCUCUGUGGUUGGAUUGAGAUUGGUGAACAAUGUUCUUGGAGGGAUGACAUUUGUGAUGUUGGCAAGGGCAACAGGGUCACAGAGCUCUGGUACUGAAAAGAAGAUAAGUAGCAAUCUUGAUGAAGAGGUUCCACAUUCAGAUUAA